CAGCUACACUGAAAUGUUUAUGGAUCAAUAGUAAGCCGACCAUUAUUAAGCUUCUUCGCCUUCUAGAAUGCAUUCUUUAUGCUAUCCAAGUUGUUACAUGGUUUGCAUUAGACAACACAAAUAGGCUGAUUAAACAUCUAGACCGCCACGUUCAUUUUGAUAACAAUAUUACCUGCAUUGAAUAUGAAGUGGACACAGAUAUUGAAACAAUAGAAGAGUCCAAUGAACAUCAAAAUGCAAGAGAUCAAGAUGAGCAACAAAAUGCCAUAGCUCCGAUAAAUCAAGUUUUUGACGAUGUUGACAUUAAUAAUCCCAAUGAUUUACCUUUGAUUGAAUCGAAUGAUCAAAGUACUCUUUUUGUGCCCAAUAAAAAUGGUGAAAAACAAAAUGUCAUAGCUUCGGAAAAUGAAGUUUUUGGCGUUACUGACAUUAAUGAUGCCAGUAAUUUACAUAUGACUGUAUUGAAUAAUGAAAAUACUCAUUUUUUGGCCACUGAAAAUGACAAUGGUUUAUAUAAAAAUGAGUCACAAAAUGUCAUAGUUUCAGUACAUGACGAUGCUGACACUUCUGAUGCCAUUGAUUUACCUUUGACUUUGACGAAUAGUGAAAAUUCUCCUCUUGUGUCCACUGAAAAUGACAAUGGUUUAUAUAAAAAUGAGUCACAAAAUGUCAUAGUUUCAGUACAUGACGAUGCUGACACUUCUGAUGCCAUUGAUUUACCUUUGACUUUGACGAAUAGUGAAAAUUCUCCUCUUGUGUCCACUGAAAAUGACAAUGGUUUAUAUAAAAAUGAGUCACAAAAUGUCAUAGUUUCAGUACAUGACGAUGCUGACACUUCUGAUGCCAUUGAUUUACCUUUGACUUUGACGAAUAGUGAAAAUUCUCCUCUUGUGUCCACUGAAAAUGACAAUGGUUUAUAUAAAAAUGAGUCACAAAAUGUCAUAGUUUCAGUACAUGACGAUGCUGACACUUCUGAUGCCAUUGAUUUACCUUUGACUUUGACGAAUAGUGAAAAUUCUCCUCUUGUGUCCACUGAAAAUAACAAUGGAACAAUAAAGCAAUGUCAGUUAACUCAGGUAAAAAAAGAUGAAAGACGGUUCAUGAUGAAAGAUAUGGCAAAGUUUCACUUGAAUGUAAACUAUGUAUAUCGUCUAAGAGUGUUGCACACUGCUAAAAACUAUAUCUUUUUGGCGAAAGUGAACGAAGAAAAUUCGAUUAGGGCACUUGAAAGACGCAUUAAUGUUUUUUACAGUUACUCUAAGGAAAAAACUUACACCCCCCAAUUGGAGGAGCUGUGCGUUAUUAAAUAUAACGACGGUAAUUGGUACAGAGGCAUCUGUAAGGCCAUCAAUGAAGAUGUAGAUGGAAAAAUGACAUUUUUUAUAUCACUGCUAGAUUGGGGUGAUUUCAUUUCUGUAAAUGUUAAUAACAUACGAAAAAUACAGCCAUUUUUUAUUCAACACGCACCAUUAGUAGUAAAAUGCGUUCUUAGAGAUUUGAAACUUUCACGUUUUUCAAAGAAAAUUUUAAGGAAACUGUCUAAUAAAGUCUUUAAUUGCAAUAUAUUCUCAAGAUUUGGUCCGACUUAUUAUGAAAUUAAAUCGGAGCAGAUAUCUAGCUUAUUAAAAAAUUAAAAAUUAAUUUUAGUGUCAACCAGUUGGCAAUUUAACAUGAACAUAUUUAUCUUGCUAAUUUAUAAUUUACAAGUAGCUCGUUUUUAAAGAAAAUUUCUUAAUCCAUUAUUACAUGUUUAGUAAUGUACAAUUCAUUCCAAAACUUAUACAACAAUUAAU